AUGGACGCUAUCGCCUAUUGCAUAAUACGUUGAAUCUUGUUCUCGCAGUCUCCGACAUACAAAUGGACGACAUCAUUAUGGUGUACCAUGUCAAUGAUUCCAAACCAGCCGCACGUCUGGAAAAACAUAAUAUAGAUGGUUUUCUGGAUAGAUUAAAGUCUGACCUAAAUCAAUGGCUUAAAGAUUACUUUAAUGACUACCUCCUGUAUUUUGGAUUAGCCGGCAGGGAGAUGAAUGCUCAAUUUCAGAGAUAUGACAACGAAAAGGCCCAGGCUUUGAACGAAUUUAUGGACAACGCUAUAAAUGUCAUUAUACGAAAACUGCACCAGGUCAAGGCUGGGUCGGUGAAACUGCCGAACUUUACAAUUUACGCUUUCAACGGAAUGCAACUUGAUCUAAGAAACGGCGUAAUGCGAGGACUGGAUAGCCUGUAUCGACGCUCAGUAGCUACUGGUGUAAAGGAAAAAAAUAUCCGUAAAAUUGAUGCGCUGGUGACUUUUAGUAACUUGAAGGUAACUUAUGGCUAUACUGCUUCGUUAAAUACGGGGUCACCACCCCUAACGGGUACCCUCACGUUAUCAGUCGAUGAACUGGUAGCAAGACUCUCCAUGUCUAUGGUUAAUAACCCAGAGUCCGUGGAUCUAACAUUUGAAUUUGUUGAGCCAGCUAGAACUGAAUCAUUGACGGUGGAAGGCCCCGCAAAUAGAAUGAUGUCACAGUUUAAUUUCUUACUAGAAAGACACAUUAUAGCAAUUAUGAGCAAUACUCUGAUUCAUAAUAUCAAAAUGCUCAGUACAUUGUCCCGAUGCGUUCCAAUUUUGGUUCCAUUCAACGAAGGCGACGAAGCAGUUUCUAUAGAAUCCCCUGAAGUUCAGAAAGGAAGCAAUGAUGAUACAAAUAGUAAGGAUAAUGAAAGCAAAGAAUUUGAGGAUAACGCAGGCAACAACACUGACCCAAAAAUUAAUCCCAGUAAAAACAAAAAUUUAACUGCGGAUUAUGUUCUUUGGAAACAAGAUAGCGUAGAACUAGAAUUCCCACCAAAAAAUGGUUCACAAAAGAAACAAAAAAUAAACAGUGACCUUAGUCAAGAUGGCUUAACAGUAGUGUAUAAAGAAAUUCAAAAGUUGUUAAGGGAUCAAGCGAAGGCCCCUAAACCGUUACCACAGACAAAGUAG